AUGGAGCAAACUCGUGACCCCGUAGCUCUAGACCGCUGGGAAAAAGGCCACAGACGCAGUCAGGGGCUUCAACGGGGGCCGCACAGGAUGUAUAGGGAGCAAGAAAGCGAGUCUAUGACUGGCUUUCUCUCAGGUCUAAAGAAGAAUCUGCAGGAGAGCCUCACAUCACCCGGGUCUCUUGAGGCUGAAUGGCAAUCUCGAGUGCCGCGCAUGGAGGGCGGUGACCCCCGACAGGCUGCGCACGACUACUGGAAGUGGCAGCUGGAGCAAAACGAGAAGCAAUGGCAAAAACAAGAGAGGCGUCGGCAGCUGCACCAGCAAGAAUGGACAGACCACCCGUCUGGCCCCAGUUUUGAGCAGAACGAGUGGCAACGCAGCCUGCGGCGCAAAGGCUACAAACCCACAAGUAAACCCCAGUGGACUUGCCUCGAGCAGUUUCGGAAAACUCUGAGCAUCGACAGCGGCGAGGAAGAAGACACUGGAAGAGAAAACGAGUCGGAAAACCGAGAGUCGGCUCCUACCCCGAGGUACCCUGACGAUGUGCAGCGAUCACCUCGCCGACGGCCUCCAGAAGCGGAUCCAGAAGAGGCCUUCACACAAAGGCAAAAAACAGAAAGGCACUUCGCCGAGGCGAGAUAUGCGGAUACUCACGGGGGGCACCCGCCACGCGCAUCCCACGAAAGACGCAGCAGCCGCAAGCUGCGAUGGAGAGGCGACUCCCCAGUGUGGGCUACAGAGGAAGCCUCACGCUCUCCGGGUAGGGAUUUGCGAGGAUUCCCACAAGAUGCGGAGACAGGCAGGACGGCAGCAGGGUGUAGGUACGAUCACAUAAGUCCUCUCGCGUCUCCACGAUUUGGAUCUCUGGAGAGCCCAGAGUCAGACGCAGAAGGCGCCCCUCCCUCGGGCGUAGAAAGUCGACAGUCUCCCGUCUUUGGAGGAAGGAGACCUUACUCUUCUUCGUCUGCGAAGCCUUCUUCACAACCGUCGUCGAGGCAUGCGCAAGACGCAGCCGAUUAUGGGGAGCCCUGGAUGGACAGUUCUCCGACUGUGGGAGCGCGACAGUCCGAGGAGGAGGCGGUGGCUCCCUUGGGGGACGCCCUUGAGUAUGAGGCUGCAAUCCCGAGGCGACAGCGCUUGCUGCAAAUGGCGAGCAGCGCCCCCCCGCUGCACGCUCAACUUUCCCGCAGGCAGGCGGUUGCGCAAGACGCGCAGCUGCGCUCUGCCGUACGUCAGCAGCUCGACGAGGGCCUUAGGGAGGCUCUCACGCUGGAUCUCUUGGAGUUUCAGCGGGAGGCGUUCUUCGGAAAACAGAAAGGAAGGCACCAGGAAAGCGCUGAAGCAGCGGAGGACGGUCCACAGGAUCGCGAAACAGCGGCUUUUGCGGAGGCGGGGGGGGAGGAAGAAGGGGAAGCGGCUCCCGAGGACUACCCCAAAGGCACUCUGCACACUGAAGAAGCGCUGGGUGAUCCGUCUGAGCAGCACGCAAGCGAAAGUUUCUUGGACUGUAGGCCCCCAACGACACAACACCUGUCACAAGAAGAGCAGUUCGAAGGCGACGCAGCCUUUCAGGAAACGGAAAUGCAAGACGGCGGGGACGGAGAGGAGGAAGGCGUGGCGGCAGAAGCGGAAGAGUCGAUGCAAGAGGAAGGGGCAGCGCGCGCUGCUGAGUUUUUUUCGCAGAAAGCGGAGGAUUGCGAACCUCCAGCGGAGACGUGUGGAAGGCCCCUGCAGCACAGCGCCAUGGCAGAUCAGCAGUUGACAGUGGAGGCUCUCCGUGCGGUUUCCCUGGGGAUGGUGCAGCCGCUGCAGCAGAGCGGCGAUGGCUCUGCUACAGGGAACUUCUUGUCUGAGUGGCUGCAGCAGUGCGCGCAGCUGCGGCAGCAGGCUUUUUGCCAGGGAGAUCGCAGCGCCGUCGGAGAGUGCAUGCAGCAGGUCCCCGAGGCGAGCGGCAGCGGCAGCGUGGCGUCUGUUUCCAGCAGCGUCCCUUCAGACUUCCAGUGGUGGACCCCUCAAGCGGACGAUACGGCUUCUCCCGAGGCACCGCAAGAAGAGGACGCUACACAGCAGCAGCAGUCCUCGCCGUUGCCUUCGCUUGAGCAGACGGCUUCGCCAUCCGACACGCCUGAGGCGGCAGGAAGGCAGUCCCUGCCUCGAGGGGAAGAGGCUGCGGGGGUGGAUGUGAUGAGGCUUUUAAAUGGACCCUCAGCGCCGGAAAAAGCGCGAGGAAAAUCUGCUUUUUCUCGAGGAACGGCGUGUGCCGAUCAUGCGGCUGCGUCCGGGGAGGCUUUGUUUGCGGGAGCAACGCCCCCUCCUCCGGGAGCGCAUGCAGAAAAGGCUGCGCAUGCGCUUCUGCCAGCAGGGGCUGCGCUUUGCGGGGUGGCGGGGACGGCAGCAGGCGCUGCGGCAGCAUCUCCAUCGGCAUGCGAAUCGCCAUCCAUGUGCGGAGAGUUGUCACAGCAGGCGGGGAACCUCGAAGCAGGCGCGCCAGGGGCGUUCUCGAGCGGCGACAUCGCGGCAGAGGCAGCAGCAACAGCAGCAAAAGCCGCAGAGGCAGCAGCUCUGCAGGCGGCAAGGGCAGCCGCAGCUGCAGCCGCAGCCUUAGUAGCCCAUUCAGCAGCAGCAGCGUCGAGGGGUGUGGAGGACAGGCAGCAGAAGCUGCAUCUCGAAAAUGCACGGGGAUCUAUUCGAGGCUCUCUCCUGGAAGAAAGAGACCUUGAAAAUCUCAAACAGCUCCAGCGUCUACGGGCAGAGCGAGCAAACGCAGCAGCCAAUGGAAGGGGUAGGUUUGCGGGAUGUGCGUCCACCUCGCUCGCAGCUAAGGACGGCGAGCAGCGAGGAGAGAGUGCAUGCGGCGCCUCCUUCGCUUGCUCGACGCGGGGGAAGGGGGUUCUUCCAGCCCCCCCUCCCUCGAGAGGAAGAUCUUUAAGAGCAGCGGCAGAAGACGUCGGCUUCUUCAGCGGAGCACUCGACGGGGGGGGCGGAGAAAAUCUGCAACUUCCUACAGGCGUUGCUUCAGGCGUAGUUGCUGAGAGUUCAAAGCUCUCCGGGGAAAAUAAGCAGCCAGGGGAGGUCGCCCUCGAGCCAGCGCUGCAGAAGGCGGAGACGACGCAGCCUCAAUUUGCGCUGGCGAAGUCGAGCGAGUUGGAACAAGAGCAGCAGCAGAGACUAGAGCAGCAGCAGCAACUAGAGCAGCAGCAACAACUAGAGCAGCAGCAGAGACAAGCGGAGCAGCAGCAGAGACAAGCAGAGCAGCAGCAGAGACAAGCAGAGCAGCAGCAGCAGAGAAGGGCGUUUAGAGAGUGGGCUUCUCUUGCUGGCAAGGCGGGAAAAGGCGGCGAUGUGGCCGCUGAGCAGAAGGCGCGUAUGGAGGCGGAAGAGCAGUUGCGGGAGACUCUGGAGGUAUUGGAGCUUCUGAAGGAGUGCUUGCAGGAGCAAAAGGAAAAGGCAUCGAGUCUCGAAGAGCAAUUAGCAGACGCCCAGCGUCAGCAUAGCGAGCUGAAGCAGCAGCUCGAGCAGCAGGCGCUUGAAAAGAGACCUCCUGUCACCACGUCUGCAGCCGUCCUCUUGGAUGCGCUUGCCAGUGAGGCAGCAGGGGAGAGUGUUCAGGAGGAUGCGUCGGAAACGUCUUUAGGAGCUUCUGAUUCAAAGAGGCAAUCGCUUUUGCCCUCUAAAACACGUCCUACGCGUAACGAAGUACGUGUCGGGGGUGGGCAUCAUGCGGGGGGAGCAGGGCCGCCGAAAACUUUGAAUCCCCUUUGCAACUCGAAAGACACCUUGCAGCAGCAGCAGCAGCAGCAACAGCAGCAACAGCAGAAGAUUGUACGUCUGAAGGCUGCCCUUGCCACGCAGUCCAAGGCGUUUUCCGAGGACAAGGCAUAUUACCAGCAGUUGGUACUAAAGCUGCAGCAGCGCAUCGCAGAAUUAGAAAGGUACCAGCAUCAGCUGCUGGUGCACCUACAGCAGCUACAGCAGCGGCAGCAGCAGCAGCAGCAGCAGCAGCAGCAGCAGCAGGCACCUGUUGCAUCAGGUUCUGCGGGUUAUGUGCCCUGCCUCGUCAACGCACUCGCGCCAUAUGCCUUCCCAGCAGCAGCUGCUGCGUUGUUGCCGAGGGUGUCGGAGAAGAAUUCAUUGGAGCAGCAGCCGCAAGGAGAGGCGCAUGCGCAUGCGGGUAAAAGGCAAAGCGGUUCCUGGGGAGAGGAUACGGCGGGAGAGGACGCCGGCAGCUCGAGUAGCGAAGAUUGGCUAAAGCUGCUUGCCGAUGCCAUCCAAGACGAAGAUCAAGCGCGGCAAAACACAGCGGACAGCGAUACGACGCAGCUGGCGAAGAUGCAGUGCUCUACUGCUGAAGGGCAGCAUCCAAAGGAACAGACACUGGCGAGAGUGCCUGAGUCUGGCGAGGCACCUGGUGAUGCUCUUCUGCAAAGGCAGCAGCACACCUUCCGCUUCUCGCUUCCCAGAAAAACGGAUGCUGCUGCUCGUGCAGCGUCGAAUGCCCCCAGCCUCCUUUCUGCAGCGCCUUCAGUACAGCCGGCGGCUACUUUGCAAGAGCAGGAAACUCGGCAGCGCCUCUUGCAGCAGCUGCGGGAGAGUUUGGAAGAACGAGUGUGCAAGCAUUUGGAGAAGCUGCAGGUGUCUCUCAGCGUAGAAAGUCAGACUGCUGGCGGCAGCAGCAAGUCUCUUGACGUUCCAGGCAUCCAGGAGGGUGUUUUGUCCUCACGUCAAGAGAGCUCUCGGCAGGGUGAGGGGGGGAGCAGUCCACGCGGAAGGGCAGCAGGGGCAUGCCUCAAGUCGGGAGGCUUUGGCAUGCAGAAGCGUGGUUUGUCGCCGCCUGUGGCAGACCAGCAAGCAGAGCAGAAGACCUCGAGUGAGAGGGAGAACCCCUGGCUGCAAGCGCAGCAGCCGCCCUCCCCUUCUCGAAUCUCGUCUCAGUCAUUCAUGAGUUCUGGAGGCAGCACUGUCGAGUCCGUACAAUUGCAAGACUUCACAGCUGGGCUGGCAGAGAAGGAUGCGUCAGGAAUCUCGAGGAGGCAAGAAAUCAGCAGGAGCCCUGUGGUGUCCACCACUGCAAGUUCUGUUUUUGGGGGCGAUACAGCCGGGUGCUCAGCCUUUCCCGUGUCUGUCGGCAAGGCAGAGCUUGCAGACAUUGAGCUCUCCGACGACGUUCCUGCGGCAAGUUUGGUACAGAGGCCCUGCAGUCUAAUUAGUUUUGCGUGUAACGACUCGGUUUGCGAGGCCCAAUCCUCAAAUGUCUGCAGUUGGCUUGCUGCUAUGGACACCGCGAAGCGAGCACGCGCCCUUAAGACUGAAUUAACUGCAAGCGGCAUGAAGCACAGGCACAAACGCAGUGGAAUCUGCCUGCCUGGCGCUGUGUACUCUCUACAAGAGUUUUCUGCGCUUAGCUGGGGACCUGUCUUAUUUGAUGGCUCUCAGGUGCAAAGUUCGCUGGCUAGUGGAGGGCGCCUCUGCGGGGGAAAAGAAGACGCCUUGGCCGUCCAGCCAGCCAAGGCUUCUCCUCUUCCGCUUAAAACAAAGUAA